AUGGAGAUUAUGCCCAGCACAUGUUGUGAGAACUUGAAAAGAGGCUGGAGGAGGAGAAAAUACCAAAGACUCCACGGUGCAACUAGAAGCAAGCGGAAGCUUAGAAUUCCAAGGCUGGGGAAUAUUGCAACUCGACGGGUUUGGGAAUUGAAAACAAUCCCAAAGCCGAGUCUGAAAAUGGUUUCGCCAAUCAAAAUUUUGACCAAGGUUCAUGGUGCUUAUGUUGACAUGAUGAUGCGAUUAGUGAACACCAUGGGGAAAGCUAACAACGGUGGUUUGUUUAGAGGGAAGAAGGUUGCCAAAGACCGGCAUGUUUCAAUCGUCUCAGGUGGUGACGAAGUCGACAGCAAAUUAGUGUUGGAAAUCUAUAAGACGUUAGCUGCUUCUCGUGAGUUGAGAGGCCUUUGA